AUGGCCGAUUCUAUACUUUCCCUAAACCCUCCCAAGACCCUACACAGAGUUCAACUCAGCAAUCCCAUUUCCCAAUCCACGUCUAUCUCCCGAACAAGAAUCACUUUCAAACCAAACCAAUUCCGAAUCCCACCUAUUCGUGCUACAAUGGCGCGAAAAGAAGGCGAACAGAAACCUUCGUUUGGAGAUACUUUCCUCAACAACACUCGCAAAAACGAAAUUUUUGAUUCCAUCACAGCAUCCCUCUCUAAUUGCCUCUCUGAAACUAACCUACAUUUGACCGUUCCUGCUCUCAAAUCGAAAAUUCGCGGCAAAGUUCGAGAUAUUUAUGAUAGUGGGGAUUAUCUUGUGUUAGUUACCACCGAUCGCCAGAGUGCUUUCGAUAGGGUUCUCGCUUCCAUUCCUUUUAAAGGCCAGGUUCUCAACGAGACAAGUCUGUGGUGGUUUGAGAGAACAAAGCACAUAGUUUCUAACGCAGUUGUAUCGGCUCCAGAUAAAAAUGUUACAAUAGCAAAGAAAUGUUCAGUUUUCCCUGUUGAGUUUGUUGCUAGAGGGUUUGUUACUGGAAGUACAGAUACGUCUUUAUGGACAGUGUACAAUAAAGGCAAUCGUAACUACUGUGGAAAUAUCCUACCAGAUGGAAUGGUUAAAAAUCAAAAGUUGCCUCAAAAUAUACUCACUCCAACUACCAAGGCUGCAGAUCACGACGUUCCAGUAACUCCAGAUGAGAUUAUAGAAAAGGGACUGAUGACUAAAGCUGAUUAUCUAGAAGCGAGUGAAAAAGCAUUAAGCUUGUUUGAAUAUGGACAGCAAGUGGCCUCGGAACACGGCCUUAUUUUGGUAGACACUAAAUAUGAAUUUGGGAAGGCAAAUGAUGGAUCUAUUCUAUUGAUUGAUGAGGUCCAUACUCCUGAUUCAAGUAGAUAUUGGAUUGCCAAUUCUUACUUGGACCGCUUUCAAAAUGGUCUUGAGCCUGAAAAUGUCGAUAAGGAGUUCUUGAGGUUGUGGUUCAAAAGUCACUGCAACCCUUAUGAAGACGAGGUCCUUCCCGAUGCCCCUGAAGAUCUUGUUUGUGAACUGGCUUGGCGGUACAUUUUCUUAUACGAGACUAUAACAAAAUCAAAGUUUGAGGUGCAAUCGACCGAGGAACCGAUACACGACAGAAUUUCAAGAAAUGUUGCAUCUGCACUAUCAUCCUUAAAGUAG